AUGAUCAUACCACAGACAAUGUGCAGCAGAGAGGGAAGCUUUGUGAGAGGUUUAGAAAGCAAAUAUGGAUUCUACAUUGGCUUAGCCCUUGCCAUCUUCUCCAGUUUCCUCAUCGGCAGCAGUGUCAUCCUCAAGAAGAAAGGGCUGCUGCGGCUGGUGGACAAAGGGAGCACCAGAGCAGGAGACGGAGGUCAUGGCUACCUUAAGGACUGGCUGUGGUGGGCUGGACUGUUAACCAUGGGUGGAGGGGAAGCUGCCAACUUUGCUGCCUAUGCGUUUGCACCUGCAACUAUCGUCACCCCCCUUGGCGCCCUGAGCGUGCUCAUAAGUGCCAUCCUAUCUUCCUAUCUGCUCGGAGAGCGGCUAAACCUGCUGGGAAAGCUAGGCUGCAUGCUGAGCAUUGUGGGUAGCACGGUGAUAGUGAUACACGCCCCAGAGGAAGAAGAGGUCACCACGCUGGCCGAAAUGGCUUCAAAACUGAAAGAGCCCGGUUUCCUCGCUUACGCUGCCAUCCUCUUAGUCACCUGCCUGAUUCUGAUCUUCUUCCUCGCACCCCGCUACGGGCAGCGCAACAUUCUCAUCUACCUCACCAUCUGCUCCGUGAUCGGUGCCUUCUCAGUGUCUUCCGUCAAAGGACUGGGGAUUGCCAUCAAGGGCUUCUUUGCUGACCAGCCUGUCCUGCAGAACCCGCUGACCUGGAUCCUCAUCCUCACGUUGGUGGCUUCCGUCACCACUCAGAUCAACUACCUCAACAAAGCCCUAGACAUUUUCAACACCUCCUUGGUAUUUCCCAUCUACUACGUGUUAUUCACCACCAUAGUCAUCACCACUUCUAUCAUCCUCUUUAAGGAGUGGGUCGCCAUGUCGGUGGUGGACAUUAUUGGGACGGUUUGUGGCUUCCUCACCAUUAUUUUGGGGGUGUUUUUACUCCAUGCCUUCAAAGACAUGGAUAUAAAUUUGGGGAACCUACCGCAUGUUCUUCAGAACAGCGACCAGGCACCAGCAAUCAAGGACGACAAGAACAUUCUGAUAGAAGUGGACAAUUCUGGCAUGAUUGCCGAUGAUAAACCCAAAGUAUUCAUGAUCUACAGCUAA